AUGUCAAAGAGGUCGAGGUCAAUUGUGGAAAUCAAGAGAUCUGAUAUCAAAUGGAAGAACGGUGGUAGGGUCCUUCGUGAGACCAAGAAGCAGCGAAAGUUAUUUGAAUUCGAUAUUCCAACGGCACCCAGUCUGAACGUGCGAGAGAAAUCCUUCGAUAACACCAGUAUGGAAAAACAGGAUCUGAUUGUCAUCGAAGAUGAUGAUGAAGAUAGUGCUGAUGAUGACAAGGAACGGCGAAAUCGCGGAUGUAUAGACACUUCCGCAGCUGCGAAGCUAGAAGAGGUCGAAGUGAUAGAGCUACUGCACGACGACUCAGACGUGUAUGCACCAGAAGCUUCCCCAAGCAGCACGUCUUCAGUAUUCAAAGAGGUCAAAAAAGUUGAAGGCGAACCUGUAACUUGUCCGCUAUGCAGCAAAGAUCUUACGGACUGGGAGAACUACCAAAGAGAAGCACACGCUGAGAACUGUCUUGAAAAAUCCAACGACUCCAAUACAUCUAUUGCUAGAACAAGCAAGAAAAGAGCGGUUAUUAGACCUCCACUGCCUCAGAUAAAGGUUCUCGAGUUCAGCAAUAAACACAAAAUAGUCGUUGAUGGAUUCAACUUUGAUAGAAAACCUGAUAUAACUCAAUAUUUCUUAUCGCAUUUCCAUGCAGACCAUUACAUGGGGCUGAAGAAGUCGUGGGAUAACGGUAGUAUAUAUGGCUCACAAGUGACCAUAAAUUUAAUGCUACAAAAAUUUAACAUACCAAGAGAUCUGGUAAGAAUCCUCCCGAUGAACGUGGAAACGUGGUUCGAACCCACAAUUUCUGUAAUCCCCUUGGAUGCGAAUCAUUGUCCCGGUGCAACAGUUUUCCUGUUCCAAGAAUGGGAUACAACAAGAACGAAAACUGUCAAACAAAUAUUGCAUACGGGCGAUUUCCGGAGCAACGACUCUUUGGUAACGAAGCUGAAUGAUAUAUGUGUCACGCCAAUUGAUCAGGUUUAUUUAGAUACCACGUAUCUCAUACCAGGGUUCCAUUUUCCCCAUCAGAAAAGCGUACUCAAAGUAUCUGCAGACUUCUGCUUACAGAUAAUCAAACAGGGCAAGAGCAAGCUGUUCAACGAUACCCAGAGGUCCAUAUUCAAUUUCAGACUAGUCGUCAAGCCCCAAAAAUAUCUUUACAAGUGUCUUUUUCUGGUGGGAACUUACACCAUUGGCAAGGAGCGACUAGCAAUCUCCAUAGCGCAGGCGCUCGGGACAAAAAUAUACGUGCCUAAAGGCACUCCCAGGUGCAGGAUAAUAUCGCAAUAUUUGGACUACUUCCCACCGCACCUGAUAAGCCACAACCUGGAGGAAUGCUGCGUUCAUCUAGUCCCCCUUUCAGUUUUGCACUCGAAGGAAACGAUAGACCAAUACUUCAAACCCUUUACCUCUAUCUAUCAGGACCUCGUCGGAUUCAUACCCACAGGAUGGACAUACACCAACAAAUAUGCCAUCGACCUAAACUUCGCGGAUACCGCACAAAGAAUCGCAUAUUGCAGGCAAGUUCUCAACGACGAUGCCACAGACAGGUUGGACGUGCAGUUUAUUCUCAAGCAGUACAAACGCCAUGCCAAGUAUCAAGUUUUCCGAGUGCCUUACUCUGAGCACAGUAGUUUCAAGGAUCUUGUGCGAUUUGGCACUUCUGUCAACUACAAACAGAUGUUGGCCACUGUAAAUUUGCAUAGUCUAGACAAGAUAAGGGACAUGAACGAGUGGUUCAAAGCUUGGCAGACAAUUGCCCACUCGCAUGCGACGUAG